AUGAAAGAACUCUUUAUGGUAAAAAAGAAAGAAAAGAGUGGUUUCACAAAAAUCUUAGUGACCUUCUUUCUUGUAGUUAUAUUAAUUGUUUCGUCGUCCCCACAAAACACUAUGGCAUCAGAGAUCAAAGCAAGGAUCAAUGGCGGCCUAGAAUGCUUUAAUACAUGUACGCCUUAUUAUGAUGAUUAUAAAUGCAAUGUGGACUGUCUAUCAUCGGGGUACCCGGCAGGAGAUUGUCAUGCUGUGUCUCCUUCUCAACCUAAAAAAUGUUGUUGUUAUUAAUUAAAAUUGAUGAUCCGUUAAUUUUCUUAUGUUUUAUUAAAACUUUUAUCUAUAACUAUUAAAAGCAUGUAGUUUAAUUUCUCUUAUUAUAAAAAUGCCAUGAAAUAAAAAACCAUCUUUACAUC